AUGGGAGAGGCCAACCAGUCAAGAGUCUCUGAGUUCCUCCUCCUGGGGCUCUCCAGGCAGCCCCUGCAGCAGCAGCAGCUCCUCUUCCUGCUCUUCCUCACCAUGUACCUGGCCACGGUCCUGGGAAACCUGCUCAUCCUCCUAGCCAUCAGCGUGGACUCCCGCCUGCACGUCCCCAUGUACUUCUUCCUCUGCAACCUGUCCUUGGUGGACACCUGCUUCUCCUCCACCACUGUCCCCAAGGUGCUGGCCAACCACGUACUCGGGAGCCAGACCAUCUCUUUCUCUGGCUGUCUCACGCAGAUGUACUUUGUUUUCAUGUUCAUGGACAUGGACAAUUUCCUCCUGGCUGUGAUGGCCUAUGACCGCUUUGUGGCUGUAUGCCACCCCUUACACUAUUCAGCAAAGAUGACCCCCCAGCUCUGUGCCCUGCUGGUCACUGGAUCGUGGGUCACUGCCAGUCUGGAUAUGCUCUUGCACACCCUGCUGAUGGCUCGACUCUCCUUCUGUGCAGACAAUGCCAUCCCCCACUUCUUCUGUGAUGUGACCCCCCUCCUCAAGCUCUCCUGCUCUGACACACACCUCAAUGAGGUGAUGAUAUUGACUGAAGCUGCCCUGAUCAUGAUCACCCCGUUCAUUUGCAUCCUGGCUUCAUAUGUCCUUAUCACCUGUGCUGUCCUGAGGAUCCCAUCCACAAAGGGGAGAUGGAAAGCCUUCUCCACCUGUGGUUCCCACCUGGCUGUGGUGUUCCUCUUCUAUGGCACCAUCAUAUUUUUGUAUUUCAACCCUUUGUCCUCCCACGCAGCUGAGACAGAUGUAGCAGCUGCUGUGAUGUUCUCUGUGGUGACCCCCAUGCUGAACCCCUUCAUCUACAGCCUGAGAAACCAGGACAUAAAAGGGGCUCUUGGAAAAGUGAUUGCUAUGAAAUUUUUUUCUGCUCAGUAA